UUCCGGUGGCGGAAGAUGGCUGACAGCGGAUCCGUGGCAGCGAAAAGAUGCGACUCCGGCUCCUUGUCGUCCGUCAGUAUGGAGACCAUCUCUGCUCUGACGGAGCUGGAGGACCUGGAGCGAGUUUACCAGCAGCUCUGCGCCGAGGAGACGGAGGUGGAAGCUGAGCUGGACCGACUGGUGGGGCAGGAGGGGAGCAUUCACACAAAGAUGCUGGCGCUGCAGAGGAUGGGACCCAACCUACAGUUGAUUGGAGGAGACGCUAGUCAGCUGUCGGGAAUGAUCACGUUUACCUGCAGCCUGGCUGAAAACGUCAGCCGCAAAGUCAGACAGCUUGACCUGGCAAAGACGAGGCUAUAUAACGUCAUCCGGCGUGCUGAUGACAUCCUCAAUCUGAAGUUCUGCACUGAUGGAGUGCAGACGGCUCUGCGCAAUGAAGAUUAUGAACAGGCUGCUGCUCACAUCCAUCGAUACCUUUCUCUGGACCAGUCGGUUAUUGAGCUGAGCAGGCAGGGAGAAGAAAGCAGCAACGUGGACGCCAGUCUGGUCAUGCUGCAGGAGGCAGAGCAGAAACUGAAGGUCAUCGUCGCCGAGAAGCUCGAUGAAGCCGUAGCAGCAGUCGACCUUGCACAGGUGGAGAGAUUCUUCAAGAUCUUCCCUCUGUUGGGCCUCCACCAGCAGGGCCUCGCCCGCUUCGGUCAUUAUCUCUGCAGUCAGCUUGCCUCCAAAGCUGAGGAGAACCUGCUGUUAGCGACAGGAGGAGAUCUGGGCGAGAAGAGAGCUCUGCUGAUUUUUGCAGACACUCUGACACUGCUGCUGGAAGGUAUCGCUCGUGUUGUUGAGACUCAUCAGCCGAUAGUGGAGACGUUUUACGGUCCAGGUCAUCUGUACACACUCAUCACUCACCUGCAGCAGGAGUGUGACCGUCAGGCCCAGAAAAUAGUCGACAAGUUCAUCCAGCAGAGAGGAUACCACAACAAGUUUCAGAUCGUCCAGAGCAGCAUGAUGAAGAGCUUGCCGGGAGAGCGGAUCGAGCCAAGGGAGCUGGACCCCGUACUGGCGGAAGUAACGCUGAUGAACGCGAGGGCGGAGCUCUACCUUCGCUUUUUACGUCGCCGCAUGAUGGCCGACUUUGAAGUUGCGGAUGCUAAGAGCGUCACACAAGAGCAUCAGCAGAAUGUAGAGAAGCUCCUGAAACACUGUUUGCUGAGCCGGACGAUGCAGGAGCUGAUCGGCUACUAUAUUCCAAUGGAAGAAUACUACAUGAGGGAGUCUGUUAACAAGGCUGUCACUAUGGACACAAGUGAAAAGGGUCAGCUGACCAGCAGCAUGGUGGACGACUGUUUCUACAUUGUGAAGAAGUGCAUCAGUCGAGCUUUAUCGAGCUCCAGCAUCGACUGCCUCUGCGCCAUGAUCAACCACGCUAACUCUGUGCUGGAGUCUGACUUCAGGGAGGUGUUGUACAAUAAGCUGCGGCAGGGCUUCCCGGCGACAACGCUGCAGGACAUCCAGCGUGGCGUCAGCAGCGCGGUCAGUCUGAUGCAGAGCAGCUUACAGCAGGGAAAGUUCAACACGAUGGGAAUCGAGAGCACCGAAAACGCCAAGGCAGCCUUUCUGGUGACUCUGAAUAAUGUCGAGGUGUGCAGUGAGAACAUCACAACUUUAAAGAGGAACCUAGAAAACGACUGCUCCAAGUUGUUCAGUCAGGGGGCUGGUUCUGGUGAACAAGCCAAGAUUGAAAGCUGUUUGUCCGACCUCGUCAGCACGUCCACGAAGUUCAAGGAUCUCUUACAGGAGGGUCUGACUGAGUUAAACACAACAGCCAUAAAGCCUCAGGUGAAACCGUGGAUCAGCAGCUUCCUGUCCAUCUCACAUAACAUCGAAGAGGAGGAGUUUAACGACUAUGAAGCUAAUGACCCCUGGGUGCAGCAGCUCAUCGUUAACUUGGAGCAGCUCAUGGCAGAGUUUAAGACGGCCCUCUCUCCCGUCAUCUACGACACGCUGACCAGCCUGAUGACCAGCUUGAUAUCUAUUGAAAUGGAGAAGACAGUCCUGAAGUGCUCUUUCAGCAGGCUCGGCGGGCUGCAGUUCGAUAAAGAGCUCCGGUCUCUUGUGGCGUAUCUCACCACUGUGACCACCUGGACCAUCAGGGAUAAGUUCGCUCGUCUCACACAGAUGGCCACCAUCCUCAACCUGGAGCGGGUAACUCAGAUUGUUCUACACGUAGACAGAACACACAUCUGUCAACAGUUUAAUAUAUUAUUUAUAGGGGUUUAUACCAGUAGGGGAUUCUAACUACGCACAUUUAUUUCAGUGUUUGUACAAUUUAGAGAUAUUUAUAUUUAGGUACUUGAACAUUUUAUAGUUCUACUUCUCAGUUGGAUGUAUUCUACUCUGCAUCCAUCUGUCAUGUAAAGAAAACAUUCAUCUAUUUUAAUCUAAUGCUCAGUGGAUAUUUAUCAUUUCAAACAAUGCUCC